AUGAGCAGUACUCCUGGGCAAGGUGCCGCUCACCUUCAAAAGCUCAACCCGCAGGCUCUCAACUUCGUGCCUAGCAGUGCGCCGGCCAAGCAAGAGUUUGUUGGCUAUGCGCCAGAGGGUGACCACAAGCCUAGUGGGGCUAACGCUGGUGUUGGUUCGUCUGAGACGCAAUCCGACAACCUCAUCUCUGACGCUUCGAAGAAGCACCGUCGCAAACGUAACCGCAGAGGGCAGAAUCUCAAUUUCUCCGGAAGUGACUACAAGCAGUCUCUGGCGAACAGAACCUUCUUCGACAACACACAAACCAAGGCCGACAACAACGCCGUCAGCGGCCCCAAACCAACCGUGGCGUACCAAGGAGCUGAACCUCGUCGUGUGUCUGCAGAAAGCAAGGAAGAGAUACAUCCGGUGUACGGCCACGCCUUGACGUGGAAGUCCAAGAACACCAAGGCCAAGGACGACUACACUCGAGUCCGACGUAACGUUCGCACAGUUGCGCCUGAGCAGUUUGUGGAAAAGGCCAGACCAUCCAACGCAAGAGCCGACAUCUUUCCCCGCACCGUCAGCGAGUGGCAGAGCUUCAGAGCCGAUUCGGUAGCUGAUAGAUUGAAAGAGCUCCAGAUCGAUACACAGAAGCUGUCCGAUCGCGUUACUGCGACACAGAACAUGGAGAAAGACGGUAUCCCUCGAGAGAAGCGUGUACCCAAGUCGGUGUUUGGUGGGGCCAAUGGAAAGGUCUUCAACAACGGCCUCGGUCCAUGCCUGAUGCAGCCAACUGUCUUCUCAGAUGAACACAUGCGGUCUGCCCGAUACAAGGCUGACUGGCCAACUCAGGCCGAGAUGCUCGAAGAUGGCGACCAGCGUGAGAAUCAUCAGGUGCAAACUCGAGCAGGUCGCUUCCUCCCUGCUCCACGCGUCCCACAUGAUCCCAAUGAGCCUUACAUCUCUUUCAAAGAGCGUGCCGUGAUUCCGCAAUUCCCAAUGGACCAAACUGGUCCAAUCUACCGCAACGCUCUUGGGGAGAUCAUGGACCCAUUUCCUGCCGAGGUUGAGCGAGAGAACGAGAUAAUGAACAACGAUCCCACCUUUGAGGCCAAUGCGCUCCAGUACCUCGGCAGCGACCUCAUGGAUGAGAUUGGUCAUUAUCAGCCUCCAUUCGUGCCACCAUGGCAGAGUGCGCAGCGCCAUGCAGAGAUGGAGUCACGUAAGGCUAUCGAGGGCAUCAACAUGCUGCAGCAAGCAGGCCUUCACAUGGGAUACACUAGCCAGAUUGAAGUCCAGAACAUCGUUGCAAAUAUGCCUAAUCUAGCUUCGGCUGGGCAGUGGCAAGGCCAGCAGAGUGCUGCUCCAUCGACGGCUGGUGAUUUGAACGCGACAGGUGAUUGGAAUGGCUGGAUGUUCAUGGCUAACGGGGAACACGGCGAGGAUAUUUGGAUGGCCCCAGGUGGGAUGGUCUGGAAGUACCAUAGUGAUCUUGGCUGGUUUCAGGACUAA